CUGGGCAUACCAAGCAGCUCUCAACCUCGAGAAGGAGCUCAACAGAAAGUUGGACCAGCUCGACAAGUGGCAGGACUGGGCGCGGGAGAAGCAGGAUACCACAAAGAAGAUCACGGCAGAUCUCGCGGAGGCAGACCUACGGCUCGUACUGCUCCUGCUGGGCUGCGCCUUUGUGACCCCUUUGGACGGCAACCGCAGCCAAGUUGAGCUCGUGGACGCCACCAAUGUGCUCGACGUUCAGGAGGACGAGUACGCGGUCACCAACGAGGACAAGGAGCAGCUCAAACAACACGCCGCCGAGCUGCAGAAGACGAUCGCCGAAACCAAGCGGCAGGCGUUCGGCGAGAUCGCUGCCAAGAUUGACGGCAUCAAGGGCAGCCGCAAGAAGCACCCGGCCCGCCCCGGCAGGAAGAAAAGGAAGCCCAAUGACGGCGUUUGCGGGGAGUUGGAAUGCCAGUUCUGGCGGAGCGACGCCUUCUGCUGCUG